GGAGGUGAGGAGGAGGGGAAGAGGAAGAGGAAUGCCACACGAUGCUAUAUGAGAAAAAGUUUAAUCAGAAAACACGAUUGUUAGUCAGUUAUAGAAGAAAAGCGAUGUGCUUGACAUUCUAGACAACAGGCAAACAUGAUAAUGUAACUAAGCGAUGUCAGAGACGUUGAGACUCACGUUUAUACACGCACUUAUAUAUAGAUGUAUAUAUAUAUAUUAUAUAUAAAUGUACACACUUUUGCAUGCACACGGUUAUAUACAAUGACAGUGGUCGGAACAAUGAUAGUGAAAGCUACCGUUACAUGUAAACGUUCUGCUGUAUUUCUAACAAUUCUCUUAAACUAUUUCUAAUACUGUGGAAUGGAGAAUUUUAAUUAUUCGAACCUUCUCUGUCGAAUUACAGGGGAUCGAGGAUUCAAUGACAGAUUAGGUUUCAAUAGAACAUGGUGCAACACACUGUGGGAUACUGCUUUGUGUUGGCCUCAGACACUAGCCAAUGUCGUUGUAACUCUACAGUGUCCCAAGAACAUUCCCGGAGUAAACACAAAACAGAAUGCUACACGUGUUUGCGAUGAGAACGGCACCUGGAACGAAAAGGCGAACUAUACCUCCUGUUUCACAGAUGAUUAUAAAAUAAAUGUAACAUCAAUUUUAGCUUUCAACGAAGAAAACCACAGAAAUAUCAGCGAUCUUAUCAUUAACAUAAUCUACCAUUUUGGUUUUUGCAUCUCAACGGUGGCUCUUGCGGUGGCUUUCUGCAUAUUCUCUGGAUUCAGAAAUCUGCGAUGUCUUCGAAAUAAGAUUCACUGCCACUUAAUUAUGAGUUUUAUCCUUCGUAACAUCAUUUGGCUGGCCAUGCGACAUAGUAUAGAACACGUGGCUGUUCACAAGCCCCAUCUUGAGUGGUUAUGUAAAGCUUUGGUGACAGCUUUCAAUUACUUCCAGAGUACAAACUUCUAUUGGAUGUUUGUCGAAGGUCUCCACUUACACAUGAUUGUCGUUUGGACGUAUUCUUCAGAAAAACUCCAGCUUUGGCAUUUCAAACUAAUAGGAUGGGGAAUUCCUUUACCAUUAAUUCUUGUCUGGGCACUUCUAAAAGCUCACUUUGAAAAUAACUCGUGUUGGAUAGCUGUACCUAUGUCCAAUUUUGACUACAUCCAUUGUGUGCCUGUAUUUCUGGUUCUGUUUGCAAAUGUGAUUUUCUUUAUCAGUAUUAUAUGGAUAUUGAUAGUUAAACUUCGCAUGGCUAAUUCACCAGAAGCUGUUGACUACAGAAAAGCUGUCAAGGGUGCUUUGGUGCUUCUACCUUUGUUGGGCAUAACUUAUGUAAUGUUUAUUCUUCAACCAAGUGCAAGUUCAAUAUCUUCAGUCAUAUUGAUCUAUACAGAUACCAUCCUGCAAUCAUUUCAGGGCCUUUUCGUGGCAGUUUUCUACUGCUUUUUAAACAGUGAGGUUCGUCACACCAUCCAAAUGAAAUUAAACUGUUUCCCAAGCACUUUGCGUUUCCGGAAUGUGUCAGUGACUCGUUCAUCUCGUGUCUCUACCACUUGUCUUCAUAAACAGACAACUACAUCAACCUUAUCAAGUCCUAUUAGCCAUGAACUGUUAUCUCCAAACUACCGUCCUCAUUAUGAUCUAACGCCAAGCAGUUCUAUAGGAGACAGGAGUUUGACACUGUUUAGUGAUAGCGACACUGAAAAUAACGCCUUAUAUCCUCAACCUUCAUUUAGCGACACUCAUAUGUAAUAAAAUCAUGGAUUCGUUUCAGUGGGUGAUAUUGAAAUCAUUGAUAUCAAAAUAGAAAAGAAAUCAUUGUUACCAUUAUUGUUGAGUUGGUAAAAGUGACAGUAAAAGAAAAAAAUGUUUUACAGUAUUUGUUCCAACUCUUUACAUUCUGAAUUCAAUUCUCAUCAAGGCCAACUUUGACUUUCAUCCGUCUGUGAUCAAUAAAAUAAAGUACCAGUCAAAUACUAGUGUUGAUGGUGCCGACUACUCCCCCUCCCCUCAAAAUUACUGGUCUUGUACCUAAGUCAGAAACUAUUAUUAUAUAUAUUAUUGAUGGCUGACUUGUUCAAAUAUGUUCUUGUGCUUUGAGACUAGAUUCCAUCAAGUUUAAACUACACGAGAGAGUUUUGAUUAUUUUCAUACAGGAAAAAACUUUAAGAAUCUGCCCAGGCAGGUUUCAAAUAAAAAAUGGUCUAUUGUUAGACAAACUUUAUAUUUCCUUAUUUGUUUACAUACAUGUAGAAAAUUGCAAUGCAGAACAGCCACCAAAACAAUCAUAUUGACAGAGAACGUGUUACUGCAGAUUUUAAACACCAAAGAAGAAAACUAAUAGAACCAUAGCAAAAAAGAAAACACACUUUUGAUCAGAAAAUAUUGAUAUUCCUGCAGGGAAUAAUACUUUUGGGAGAGUUCCUAGUGAUAUAUUUAGCAAAAACAACACACACACAUGCAUGCAUGCAUGCAUGCGCGCGCAUGCACACACACACACACACAAACACGAAAAUGAAGAAAAUGAAAAUAGAAAUUUGAGUGGAGGACCAGUUUUGCAAACAUAAUUUGCAAAAGACAAACUUUGGACAAGAAAAAUUUAUAUCAAAGGAAGACCACAUGGCACCAGGUUCCACACUCAGUUUUGGAUUGGUUUCUACUGCUGGAUGCCUUUCCUAAUGCCAAGAUGCCCUUUCUAUUUGUUGCUUCUUUUUUUAAAACUGAGGAUGAGAUAUAGAUACAAUCUCAAUGUGUCCCACAUCUACUCACAGAUUAAUCCUUCGGAAUUCAAGAGAAUGCAACAACGGAGUCACAGUACAAUAAAAGUACAGUAGCAAUGUUGAGCUCUGGUCAUUGUUGUAGCACUUCGUGGGCAGUUGGUCAGUGCCAGUGAUGUAUGGUUGAGUGGGAUCACUAUAGAUAGACAUAUCUUCAUGGUCACAAAAUUAUUGUAAUUUUGUCCUGUAGUGAUUGUCAAUAAAAACUUUAUAGUUGACUAAUCAGGGCAAAAACUCUGCUAGUAUGCAUAGUAGUAAAGGUCAUUUCAGUGCUUUCAGCUCAGAACUGGAAAAGCUAAAAAGUAAAAAAAAACAGCAACAGACCACAAUUGCACCACUAGAUGCA